ACAGUGACAUGACAUUUCUCCAUUCAUGUUUGUUUAUUUACACUUUACAAAAUUUUCAAAUCUUAUUUUCUCUCUGGUAAAGUGUAAAAUAAUCAAUUCUUAUUGAAGAACUAAUAAACCCAACGGCAAAAUGUCGUAUAUGUUAGCGCAUUUGCACAAUGGCUGGCAGGUGGACCAGGCCAUACUGUCCGAGGAGGACAGAGUAGUGGUAAUAAGGUUUGGUCACGAUUGGGACCCCUCUUGCAUGAAAAUGGACGAGGUACUUUACAGUAUCGCGGAGAAAGUGAAGAAUUUCGCUGUGAUUUAUUUGGUGGACAUUACCGAAGUACCCGAUUUCAAUAAAAUGUACGAGUUGUAUGACCCCUGUACCGUAAUGUUCUUUUUCCGCAACAAGCAUAUAAUGAUAGAUUUGGGCACCGGUAACAACAACAAAAUCAAUUGGCCCCUGGAGGAUAAACAAGAGAUGAUCGAUAUCAUUGAGACGGUAUAUCGGGGGGCCAGGAAGGGCAGGGGUCUUGUGGUGUCCCCCAAAGACUACUCGACUAAAUACAGAUAUUAAAUUCGGGUUUGUUUGUGCUGUAAAUAUAUUUUAGGUGUUAAAUUUACUUAGUAAUAAAAGAUCAUUGUGUCCUCUU